UUUGGUGUUUUUUAAUUGAAUCACAUUGAGUUGAAUUUUAGUCAAAUAAAUACUGUCAGAAAUCAUCAAAAUAGCAUUCAUUCGAAGCAACAGUUGUCAGUUUUUGAGGUGUAAAAUAGGGUUAUUGAACCAAAAAAUGAGUGAACAGCUUGUGCCAUUCAUAAACGGAUCGCUACCAACAUCUCAAGUGGAAUUGUCAAUAUCUGGAAGGAAUCUUCUGAAUCGCGACUAUCUCAGUAAGUCCGACCCGUAUUGCGUAGUUUCACUGAAGGCACAAUAUGAAGAUGAAUACCAUGAAAUCGAAAGAACCGAAAUGAUUAAAGAUUCGCUGAACCCGCAAUGGGUGAAAAAGGUGGUUUUGGACUACAAUUUUGAAACAAUUCAAAAGCUUCGGUUCGUCAUUCGUGAUGAUGAUUUUGACGGUGGCUAUGAUUUAUUGGGAUGCUUCGAAACUACUCUUUCUGAAUUGGUUUCGUUGUCGAAUGGUCGACAAUUUUUUGGAAAAUUAAAAGGUGAAUCACGACAGCAAGGUGAAAUCAUCAUCGUCACUGAAGAAUUAAUGUCAUGCAAGCAAAUCGCUGAAAUUCAAUUCCGCGCGGAACAUUUACCAAAACCAUCAUUUUUGAGCAGUAAUGACCCAUUUUUGGUUUUGUCGCGGUCCAACGAAGACGGUUCGUAUUCCGUGGUAGCCAAAACCGAAACAGUUCCAGGAACACAAAAUCCAACAUGGAAACCAAUAACAAUACGUGCAACGACACUUUGCAACGGCGACUUCGAUCGAAACAUUAAAAUCGAUUGUUACAAUCAAAAACACGAUGGAAAUCAUAAAUUAAUUGGAACAUGCUAUUCAUCGUUGCGAAGUUUGAGUGUAACGAACGAACCACCAAUGAUUUUGGUGAAUGAAAAAAAGAAAAAGGAAAACGGAGAAUUAAAAGUACAAAACACACAUAUCACUGAAGAUGCGACAUUUCUUGAUUAUCUAAGAGGUGGGACUCAAAUACAUUUUGCCAUUGCCAUCGAUUUUACUGCGUCGAAUGGUGUGCACACCAAUCCACAUUCAUUGCAUUAUUUGUCUGCAAAUAAAUUGAACAACUAUGAGAUUGCAUUGCGUGGAGUUGGUGAAAUAAUUAGCUACUACGAUUCGCAUAAAUUAUUUCCUGCUUUUGGUUUUGGUGCUCGAUUACCACCAAAUGGACAGGUUUCGCAUCAAUUUCCGUUGAACGAUAAACCAUCACAUCCGUACUGUUCAAGCAUUGAAGAGAUUUUGGUUCAUUAUCGCAGACAAUUAAAUACUGUGCACCUUCAUGGCCCGACCAAUUUUGCACCAGUCAUAAACAAUACCAUUUCGAUUGCCAGUCAAUUCCAAGAGGGUGGUGGACAUUACUUUGUAUUGCUCAUAAUAACCGAUGGUAUCAUUUCGGAUAUGCAUCAAACGAAACAGGCCAUUAUUAAAGCGUCAACUCUGCCGAUAUCAAUUAUUAUCGUCGGUGUUGGUGAUGACGACUUCGAAAACAUGAACGAAUUGGAUUCGGAUGAUUCUACAUUACGCGAGGGAAAUCUUUUUGCAAAACGCGAUAUCGUUCAAUUUGUACCUCUUAGAAGAUAUUUAACAAAAAGUGGACCAAAUCAAUACAUAAAAUCACAAGCGGACUUGGCCAAGGAAGUGUUGGCCGAAAUUCCUGCCCAACUUACUGGUUAUAUGAAAUCACCGAAUGCACCGUUUGUUGUGCCAACUGCUCCAAUAAUUUAAGCCGAAAAAAUAUGCCCAAAAAUUUAUCAAAGACUAUCAUUUUUCUAGAUGUGAUUUUUUCUCUUUUCAUUUAAUUCGUAUAGAUGUGAACAUAUAUACAUAUACUUUACAUUUACAAUUAGAAUUUACUUAGCUACUACCAUUUUUAUCUUUUGCAACUAUACAAGCUUGUAUUCCACUAGUGGAAUUAGAAAUAACACGUGUUAAUCAUUUUUAAAUCCAUGACAACAUAUUUGAUUUUCAAAUUGAAUCUUUUGUACUGUGCAUUUCAUCACAUUUAGCGUAGUACACUUUGUCAUAAUCGCUGUUUCGGAGUUA